GCGACCUCCGCGAGAGCCGAGCCGGUCAGCCAUGGAGCAGCUGUUCAUGCAGGCCUUCGAGCGCGGGGACUGGCUGGCAGCUCAGGUGCAGCAGCAGGUCGACUCCUACUCCCAGACCCUCGCCUGCCGCCUCCUCGCCGCCGGCCACAGGCCCCCGGAAUGGCUUCUCCCUUCCGCCACCCUGCCCCAAGAGCUGAAUGGCAAACCAAUUGUUCUCACUGGAAGACAUAUUACAACACCAGCAGUCAAUAGGACUGUCUUCCUGCCUCUAGCUGUUCCUAGCACUUUGUCCAGAAAUUCGGAGGUUCCAAAUGGAUGUGCGUACCCAGACACUAAUUGUACUGUUCUGGAUACUAGCCAACAUGAAGAGGAGCAGCAAGAUCAGACUUCACCUAACCAGGACAUUUCUGAGACUUGUACUGCAGCCAAAAUGUUUUCAAGGAUUCAGCGUUCCAGGUCAAGGCAAAGGCAUAUUGAAGAUCGCCUACAUGGAAAGGAUCAGGAUGCAAAGAGUGGAAGCCUUGAUGGUAUGCAUAAGUCUGACCUUGGGACUUUGGGGUCAACCAGAGCAAAUGCAUCAUCAUCAUCCAUACCAUGUGAUGAUGUUGCAAACAAUGCUGAAACAACGUCAUCAGCUCCAGGUCAGGGUAGUGGUUUUUGUGCCAUUCAUGGGAGGUCAAUUUACUUCUUGAAGUGUGAUGACAAUCUUGAAAAUGAACGAGUUCAAUCAGAUGGUUUCCAGCCACAGAUUGUAGAGAGCAAAAUUAUCUCUUCUGAUAGCGAUGUCGGGGUCAAUAACAAACCUUCUGUUAGAGAUCCAUUGAGUGUUCCAGAUCUCUCUAAGCCAAGCGUUGCAGAUAGUGUGUGCCACCGAGUUCCUGAAAUUCACAUGUUGAUUGAGCCAAAAAAACUUCAUUUUGAUGGCGUUGAAUCAGUUUGUAUGAAUGAUACCAGUGAACGAACAGGCCAGCAACAGGAAUCUGGUGUUGAAGGUGACCACCUUGGUAGAAUUCCUUCGAGUGAAAACCCAUCUUCUACCAGUUCUCAGGGACCUUAUUCUGUGGGCAGGUUGUUGCUUGAUCAUGUUAGGUGGGGACACUUGAACCCUGAUGGUGCACCAGUGGAGCAUCAUCACAAAUAUGCUUUAGAAUGUGGCCAUCCUGAGCCCACUGAUAUGCAUUCUCCAAAUAAGAAACCAUCUCUGACGUGCCCUGCUGAAGCACCGGAUUCUAUCGCUGAACCAUUGCUUCAAAAGGAUACCGGGCAUAUUCCUGAAACCAAUUCUUUGGGAAGAGCAUGUCCCAGAGUCAGCCGACCUCUUGAAAUGGAUAGAUCAAAUAGUUAUGAAACCAACUGUUCUCAAAGGCCUUGUUCUGUGGUCAACCCGCUGCUUGAAAAUGAUACAUUGCAGGCUAUUGAGGAUACUGAAAAACUGCAGAGUUCAAAUUCUCAUUUCUCACCUCCAUACAGUGGACCUUUGCAGCUACCUACCAAGCUAGCUGACUCAAGGUUUGGGGCUCAUGCAUCAUCAGGAACAUCACCAAACAGUUUGUUAAGGGAGGAAGGGCAUGGACAGCUUUCAAAUUUGCGAAUAAAUGACAGAAAUAACCAAUGCUCCCAAGGCAGGUCUGCUUUAAACCUAGAGCUGCUUCCACCUCAAAAUUUUAGUUCCAAUGAUGUUUGUCAAUCAAGCCUCUUAUCUUAUAGAAUGCAAAGCAAUGACAAACAUUCCACUGGUUGCGCUGCUGUGAAUAAGUUUAGGUCUGCAGAUAAUGAGCUUUCUCAGGAACCAUAUUUAUCAGUCAGAUCAUCUUUGGAAUUGAAUGGGACUAUUCCGGAUGCCGCAAUUCCAUUAGGCCAUCGUCCUCUGGACAUGGAAAAUGAGAUGCUCAAAGCAAACCCAGUAUCUGACUUGGUCAACUGUUAUUCAGGAAGGUUGGAUGAUGAUGCUCAGAUCAGCAAAUCAUAUGGUGGUUCUGCUGAUAACAGAAACAACGAGUCUGUGGUUCUGAAAGUUAUGCCCAAUAAUUCAUCUCAAAGAACCAGCGAGAUGCAUGGAACAGAAAGGAACAGUGUGGUUUUGUCAGAAAAAUGCAUUGAAAGCCUGCGACAAGGAAAAGAACAAGAGACCCCUCAUGCUGAGGAUGAUGUGCAAAUAAAUGCUAAUUCAUGCACAGCCGAGAAUGUUGAGAAAAGAAAGUCUGCAUGUACUUCAGAAUCAUGCGAGAAGAGCAAUAAGCAACAGGAGGAUAGAGGAAGUGCUCAGAAGAGGUCAGUUGCAGAUGGUGUUCAGAUAAAUGAGGGUACGUCAUCCAAGAGAAAACGAAUAAAAUGCCAAGACAUUGCGCUUCCCAGUUCUUAUAACACAAAGCCAUUGUCUCUGAACCACCAUGAUGUCGUUGACACCCAUGUGGUAACCGCAGAAAAUUUCUCAGGGAAAUCACGACCUUCAGGUCGUUACUUCUUAAGGAGUUCAGGAUCUGGUGAGUUCAUGCCUCUCAAGUCUGGGACAAAGAAUGAUACCAUGAGCUGCGAGAUAUCAGUUGCAAGUGAUGUUCAACAAAAUAGGAAUUCUUUUCCCACAUUACGAAAUAGGUCCAGCCUAUCUGAGCUUGCCCUCUGUAAGUCUUCUAGUGUGAAGGCUUUAUCACCUCAUUUUGGUUGCGGUAUCAGCAGCAAGAUUGCAGUUGAAGAAAUGGACCUCCAAAACUGUCAAGCACAGUUACAAAAUAUUUUGGAUGUCGCGACAACUCCUUUGCCUAGCAGCUGUAAUAUUGCACAUGAUAACAUGGAACUCUGCAUCCAGGAGGAAAAUCCUUACUUACGAGGUGAGGGCCUAAGUGUUUCUACUUCCAGUGUGGAACAUCAGCAACUGUCUCUUCAGAUGGAUGAAAUAUUGUCUGAGAGUGUGAUAGUAAAUCCAGAAAAUUAUGCCAGCACUGAUACAUUUCCGAGUUAUGGAUCGGAAGAACAUGGUAAACAGGCAUCUGCUCCAAUUGUAUUGGCUCAUGAGAAAUUAAGUUAUGGCUCUGGCAUAGAAGAUAGGAAACUUAGAAGUGAAGAUCUAACAGGACGUUUGCUAUCUGAUUCCUCUAUACCAAGACAAAUGGAUGAUGAAUCUGUGGACUGUAAUGAUACAAUGCCCCAAUUCGAGAGCUUUGACUUUUCUGUUCCAUUUGACAGUCCAACUACUGAAGAAAGGACAUUUGAGGGCCUUCAUGAUUCCAGACAAUUUGGUCCCUUUAGUUCUGAUAUCUCCAAGAAGUAUAAGAUGAACAGUCUGAGUGGCAUGCGUCAGCUAUUGGCAACUAUGUCAGGGAAAGCUGCAAACUAUUCAUCUGAUGAUGAUGAAAAACAAAGCAAUGAAAGUAUUGAUGGAAGAAUAACAGAUAUUUAUGGUCCAUGUGGAUUGGGACAUAAUGGUUCCUUUUUUACCUCUGAUGUUGUAGCCUCGUGUUCUUCAAAUGAUAGCGACAAACAGGAGAGUAGUGAAAAUCCAUUGACCCCUGCAGUUGAAAAGUAUAGUCUAGGGAAACUUUCAGGAAAAAAUGGAUCUGUUUCCGAGCAUAUGGGUUCAAUUCCUGAGCUUUCGUGCUUCCGAAUUGAUGAAGACAGUGACAUUGCAGAAGAAAAUGAGUACCAAGACAUAUUACCUGGAUCUGCAGGUACCCAGAGGCAAUCUGGCAGAAAAGUACUUCAGGAUAUCACUGGAUUAUGUCAAAACACUGGGAAUUCUGCGGCUUGUUCCAUAGGUAUCAUGGAUACAAGUGACACAGAUUUCACCACAGAAAGUUGCAGCAGUGAACUCAAUCAUCAUCCAGGUCUGAGGAAUGAUGGUGAUAACAAGAAGCCCAAAGAAAGUUAUGCUUCUUUAGUAAAGAAAGGAGGGAAAAUGUCUCAUUCUCUCCGUAAGAGAUUAAGCAAGACAGAAGCAAGACACAUGAGUGAUACAAAUACUGGCAAACCCUCUAAGCCUAGCAAUAUUGUUGCUAAUGUGGCAUCUUUUAUACCUCUUGUAAAACAAAAGGCGCAAAACGCAGCAACAUGUGUGAAAAAGGAUGUUAGAGUGAAGGCACUUGAGGCAGCUGAAGCUGCAAAACGUCUUGAAGAAAAGAAACGAAAUGAGCGUGAAAUGCGCAAAGCAGCUGCAAAACUAGAGCGUGAGAAACUGAAGCAAGAGAAAGAAUUAAAGCAAAAACAGGAAGAGGAAGAAAAGAAGAAAAGAGAUGCUGAUGUCGCAACUAGAAAGAGGCAGAGGGAUGAGGAGGAAAGAAGGGAAAAGGAGAGAAAAAGGAAAUGUGUUGAAGAAGCUCGAAAACAACAGAAGCAGCCUAUGGAAAGAAGGCACGCCAACAGUGAGAAAGAUGCUCACCCAAAAGCUUUUUCAUUGCAGAAGAAUUUGGCUGAAUCAGUGAAAGGCCAAGUGAAACCUGAUGAAAUGACAAGUCUUGGAGGUAAGGCCACUAAAAGCAACAAUGAAAAGGUUGUGGCAGCUGAUGAGAGACCUGCAAGUUUUGGAUCUCAAUCUCAGGAAAGUAUCCCCCAGAGUCUUGAAGAGUCUUACAUUAUGACUCCAUAUAAAGAUUCUGAUGAUGAGGAUGAUGAUUUUGAACUUAAAGAAGAAUCAAGACGGAGAAGGAAAUUGAUUCCAUCAUGGGCUCGGGGAGAGAACUUGGAAAAAAUCUUACUAUCCAAUUAUGCUUUGGACCAUAGAAAAAUCUUUUCACAAAAAUGCUCCUCUAACCUAUCUGAAAUUUGUCCAGUCCAUAUUCCGCAACGUGGUUUCAGAUGAGUUUCUUUUUUUUUAGAAAAAAAGGGGGUUCCAGAUGAAUUUCCAUUUGACGAACUGUUGGUUAUAUGCUGCUGUCUUUCUUCAGCAUCGCCACUUGGCUUUCUGUCAGCAGCAUGUGUAUAAGCUGAUCGCACCAUUCACUCGUUUUAACUAUGUAGAAGAAGAUUCUCGUAUUAUCAGGCAAUUGCGGCAACAAUCGUUGUUGUACAUAGUUUUAUUUGUUCACAAAAGACUUUGUUUCGGUUGCACUAUUCUUUGUGCAAGGAGAUAAUCUGUUCGUUGGUAAGA